UCACUUGGACCCAUGACACGUUUUUUACUUCUGGAUCAAGACGAGAAAACACAGAUUUAAGUAAGGAGAUUAAGGAAAGAGGUGUAGAGUUUCCGGUGGGUUUUCACAUAUCUUCUGCACCACAUGACGUUCUGGGAUUGGAAUUAAACACUGGGAUUAUAUCGCGAGGACUCGAAGGAUCUAUUAUACAUAUUUUCAUGGCAGCUUAAUCUGCACAAAAGGAUUUACUGUUGGAAUUGCUAAAGUAUGCCUGAGACAGUUGAAGCGCGGUCGUCCACCACCACGAUGGUCAUCGACAGUAAGACUGUGGACCCCGGGCCGGCGCCUGGGCAAAAAUCCAAGAAGACUUUAAACGAAGAGCUCCACUCCACGUUCAGCUCUCCUCUCGCCUGGAUCCUGGUCCUGGCUCUGCUCAUAACAUGGUCCUGUGUUUUUGUCAUCAUGUUUGAUCUGGCGGACUACAAGACCGUCUCGGGUCGCCCACCUCCUGCCGUCAGGAAGGUUUUAAAGGAUUCAGGCCGUAGAGGAGGCCUCAGCAAGAUCGGCGCAGACCCCAUAAAGGCGGUGAACGACGCCAUGGACGAGUCGACAAAUAUAAUCAGCAUGAUCUUCAGCUUUGCAGCCAACCUGGUCGCUCCUGAGGAAGAAGAAGGAAAUCUAUAUGCAGUGAGAAAAAAAGGAGAGUUUCUACCGUCCCGAAGUAAAGUCAUAGGGAUGCAAGUGAUAGAGGUGGUGGAAGAUGAAGAUGAAGAUCUGCAACAGGAAGAGGAAGAGGAAGGAGUGGAGGAGGAAGUGGAGGCUGCUGCUGCUGCUGCGGAGGAGGAGGAGGAAGAGGCGGGAGAGGAAGAACUAGAGGAGGAAGAGGAUGAUGAGGAUGAGGACGAUGACGAGUACUAUGAGGAUGAUGAGGAAGAGUACGAUGAGGAGUAUGAAAAAUAUUAUGAGGAUGAGGCGGAGGAGGACGAGGAGGAGGACGAGGAGGACGAGGAGGAAGAGGAGGAAGAGGAGGAGGAGGACGAGGAGGAAGGAGCAGAAGCUGAGGAUGAAGAAGAGGAAGAGGAGGAAGCAGCAGCAGCGGUUGAGGAGGAGGAAGACGAGGAUGAAGAAACAGAAGCGGCAGAAGCUGUGGACGAAGAGGAGGAGGAAGAAGAGGAGGAAGAGGAGGAAGAGGAGGAAGAGGAGGAAGAGGAAGCAGUUGAAGCAGCUGCUGCUGAUGAUGAUGAUGAUGUAGAGAAGGCAGCAGAGGAGGAAGAGGAGGUGGAGGUUGCUGCUGAGGUGGAGCAGGAUGAAGAUGAAGACGAGGAAGAAGAGUCAGAACCUGAAGCAGCUGCAGCUGAGAUUGAUGAUGAUGAUGGUGAUGAUGAUGAUGAUGAAGAAGAGAAGGCAGAUGAUGAUGAUGAUGAUGAAGAGGAGAAGGCAGAUGCUGCUGAAGAUGAUGAAGAAGAAGACUCUGAAGCUGCAGCUGCUGAUGCUGCUGACGAUGAUGAUGAUGAUGACGAUGAAGAAGAGUCAGAACCUGAAGCAGCUGCAGCUGAGAUUGAUGAUGAUGAUGAUGAUGAAGACGUGAAGGACGAGGCAGCAGGAGAAGAGGCUGGCAAGGAAGAUGAUGAUGAAGAGGAGAAGGCUGAUGCUGCUGAUGAUGAUGAAGAUGAAGUAGAGUCAGAACCUGAAGCAGCUGCAGCUGAGAUUGAUGAUGAUGAUGACGUGAAGGAGGAGGCAGAUGCUGAUGAUGAUGAUGAUGAUGAAGAAGAAGACUCUGAACCUGAAGCAGCUGCAGCUGAGAUUGAUGAUGAUGAUGACGUGAAGGAGGAGGCAGAUGCUGCUGAUGAUGAUGAUGAAGAAGAAGACUCUGAACCUGCAGCUGCUGUUGCUGACGAUGAUGAUGACGAUGAUGAUGAUGACGAUGAAGAUGAUGAAGUUUCUCCUGAACCCAUCUCCACGUCAGAGGAUGAAGAGUCGGCGGUGACUCCUGACUCUGAGUCUGAUGCUCCUGUUGCCGUCGACGACAGUGAUGAAGAUGUCGCCCUUCUUGAUGAACAUGAAGACAAACACGAAGAGGACAGCGACGAAGACGUUGCUCUGACUGAUGAAGAUAACGAUGAAGACGAGUCAGAUGACGAUGCAUUCACUGACUCCUCAGACGACAGUGAAUCGGCCCUUCUCUCCAGUGACGAAGAGGAUGAUGAAGAUGACAGAUUAGCGGAGGGUGUUGUGACAACCGACAGCGACGACAUCUUUUUAGAAGACAGCGAUGAAGACCUGGAGCUUCCUCCUAUUCCUGCUGCCAGUGAGGAUGAUGAAAAUGAUGAAGACCUGGAGCUUGAUCUUCCUCCUAUUCCUGCUGCCAGUGAGGAUGAUGAAGAUGAUGAAGACCUGGAGCUUGAUCUUCCUCCUAUUCCUGCUGCCAGUGAGGAUGAUGAAGAUGAUGAAGAUGAUGAUGAUCUAAAACUCCCUGAAGAGGAAGAGCUUCCUCCUUUACCUGCGCUCGAGGAUGAUGAUGAUGAUGAAGAAGAUGUCAAACUUGUUGAAGACACCAAUGAUGAUGUCAAAGCUGAAGAGGAUGAUGAAGAUGAAGAUGAAGACCAAUCAGACGAGGACUUCUCCGUCGCCUCCUCCGAUCACUUUGCAGAUGAUGAAGACGAUGAUGAAGACGUUGAUCUCAAGGACGAAGAUCUCGACUUUGACCUUGCCAAAGAAUUCCAAAUUGACCUUGACGAUGACACACCUGAUGAUGUCAUUGAUGAAGACGUCCCUGACGAAGAGGAAGAAGGGCCUCCUCUGGAGAGCACAGACAGCGGAGUGUUAGGCGAUGAAGAUGAUGAUGACGAGUUCGCUCUUUCGACAGAUGAAGAGACCAUCCUCAGUGAAGACAUCUCCUUUGAGACCACCGACGAUGAAGAUGAUGAUGAAGAUGAUGAUGAUGAUGAAGUUAUCGACUCGUUUGAGUUCUCCUUGGAUCAGGAAGGAGGAGUACCAUUUGUUGACGCUGAAAAAGACGACGAUGGUGAUGAAGAUGAUGAUGAAGAUGAAGUCACAUCAGAGUCUUUAGCUAGUGAAGAUGACGAAGACGAUGAUGAUUAUGAUGAUGAUGAUGAAGAUGAUGAAGAUGAUGUUAACAUCUUGCUAGCAGCUUCCUCUGCAGCGGUGCUUACCGUCCAGAAGGAGGCAGUGAAGACUGAGGCAGACGAAGUAGAGGAAGAGGAAGAUGACAUCACAUCAGCUUCAGAGGAAGACGACUCAGAGGAGGAUGAGGCAGAAAACAUUGUCCUCUCUCAGCCUGCUGCUCUUGAGGAAGAUGAUGAUGAUGAGGGAGGGGAAGAUGAAGAGCCGACACCUGAACUGAAGAAAUCUGUGGACGAGCCUGAAGAUAAAAAGGAGGAAGAGUACGAUGAAGACGACGAUGAGGAGGAGAAGGCGUCGGUGGAAGUGAUCAAACCCGUCUCUGAAGCUGAGGAGGAAGAGACUGAAGCAGCAGAGUGUCCCUGUAUGCACUCUGGAAAGGCCAAAGAGCCUGACACCAAGACUGUGGAGAAAAAAGAUCCCCCAAAGAGAGUUUCAUCUGUGAGAAGCAAAAAAGAGCGUGAAGCUUUGAAGACCGGUGAAAAGCCAAUAAGAAAAGGUUUACCCAGAAUGGCGUUCUUUGAGCCCAAAGCCAGACGCGCCGCGAAACUCCCUGCUCUUCUCAGAGCCAAGAAAGCAGCAAAGAUUGCCGCCAAGACUCCCAAAAAAGAGACAGAAGCAGAAGAAGAGCCAGAGACCAAAAAACAGGAAGAAGUCACAGAAUCUGGAGAAGUCGGACCCUGCAGACCUGCACCAGUUUACUGCCCGUCCCCUCCUGGCUGGUACGUUCAUCACGUUGUCACGGACAACCCGUACCCUCCUCCAACCAUGCCAGCUCCCUCUGCUCCGGUUCUGACGGCUCACCCCUCUCACCCUUUGGACCCUGGAGCUCCCCCCCCCAUGCACCCUCUCUAUCAGCAGCACAUGCAUCCGAUGUUUCAAUAUCAGCCGUACCCUCACAUGCACCCUCACAUGCACCCACACAUGCACCCUCACAUGCACCCACACAUGCACCCACACAUGCAGCCUCCCCCAGAACAACAAAUGCCACCAGUACAACCAGAACCAGAAGCAGAAGCAGAGCAGCAGAAACCAGCAGCUGAAGCUCCGCCUGCAGAGACUGAAGCUCCGCCUGCAGAGACUGAAGCUCCGCCUGCAGAGACUGAAGCUCCGCCUGCAGAGACUGAAGCUCCUGCUGAGCCGGAGAUCCAGAGUCCAGCUCCUGAACAAGAAGCAGAGCCAGUUGAGGAAGAAGUGAAAGCCCCCUCGACCAAGAAAGCUGCACAGAAGAAAACAAAGGCUGCAGAUUCAGAAAAAGAGGCAGCAGCAGCCGCACAGACGACAAAGAAAGAUACUUCCAAAGAGAAAACCAAAGCUGGUGCUGCAAAGAAAGAGACACUAGCAAAAAAAGAGAAGACAACAAGUCCUGCGGCGGCUAAGAAAGAGCCAGCUGCAGAGAAAAGCAAAACGGCUGCAGCUGUAAAGAAAGAGCCAGCUGUGAAAGAGAAGACUAAAAGUCCUGCAGUAGCUAAGAAAGAGCCAGCUGUAAAAGAGAAAGCCAAACCAGCCGCUAAGAAAGAGCCUGCAGCUGCAAGACAGAAGAUGAAAUCAGGCUCUGAGAAGACAGAAAUGUCUCCUGUCAGGAGCAAAGACAAGACUCCGACAGCAAAGAAAGAUCCAGAGCCGAUCAGCCGCCUGAGAGCGAGACUAGAAGAUGUGAGGAAAGCAAACGUCACGUCUCAGGCGAAAGAGGAGAAGACGGCCAAAUCUCCUGAAGCAGCCAAGACUAGGUCAAAAUCAUCAGCAGACUCAAAAAGCAAAUCUGAGAAGGCUGAAAAGAAAUCUGUGAAAGAGUCUGAAGACAAGGAGAACAAACCAGCAAAAGCCAAGGAGACCGCGACUGAUAAAAGUAGCAAAGAGAAGAAGAAACCAAGUCAGAGAUUCUUCCAGUGCGUUUACGUCCCCGGUAGAAACGCUCAGUACCCGUUACGACCUUUAACCCCGGCCAUGUCCCCCGCCAUGAGGUCCCCCGCAAUGAGGUCCCCCUCCAUGAUGUCCCCCUCCAUGAUGUCCCCUGCCAUCAGGUCCAUGUUGGAGCAGCAGCAGAAGGCGGCUCGAGCGUCGGGACAAUAAGACAAACUCUCUGAAAACUGAAAACUCUGCAGCCCCCCGUCCAGCAGGGGGAGACCUUUUCUAAAUCUGUGGAUCCUCAAACUCGGAGGAAAACCACAGACAGAUAGAUGAGAGGACAGAAAUAUGUUGUCUUUAAUUUAUUUAUGUAUAUUUCUCUCCAUGUGGUCGAGCUCCUGUUGAUAUCUCCCAUCGCUGCCAUGCUUUAGAUUUGAUGCAUUUUUUUAUUUAUUUUCUUGGUUGGCCCAUACAUGAACUUUGCUCAUUUCUUUUUCAGGCAGCAUUAGUUAAAUUAAACAAAAUUAACUAUGUAUUUUGACAAAAAUCUAAUUUAUGUGAAUAUAAAAACUAAUCCCAAAUAUUAGUAAUUUAGGCAAAAUUGAAUGAACAUAAAUUGGCAUAAUGUUGUUUUCAGUUUGCGUUUGUAGUCAAGUUUAAUAUUGAUGUAUUUAAUGUGCAUAUGUUAUCUAAUUUAACAUAAUUGAAGGCAUUUGCUCUGACAAGAACAUUAAGCAUUUGCUUUGUUACAUGAUCAAUUAAAAAAACAUAACAGAAUAUUAAUUUAUUCAGUCAUAAUAAUUCCAAAUGUGGAUAUUAUUUUGCAAAGAAACUUAAAGUGGACCUGUCAUGCUAUAUUUGUAUAAUAUA